AUGGCGGCAUCAGCCCUGGACCAGGAGCGACAACUUGCCAUCGACCCAAUCGUCGGCACCAGCGUCCAGCACAAUACCCAGGUUGUCUCCAACAUCCGCAGUCUCACUGCAUCGCUCUUCGGUGUCGCCGCCGGCACAUUAGGCCUCGAGUCGUAUGCAGGCUUCAUAUUCUAUCUGCUGGGCUCGCUAGUGGUGUCGGUGCUGCUCUUUGCGCUCAAGACAGAUGGCAAGCCAGGCGCAUACUUCUAUCGGCCACUGG